CUCUGUGCCGAUACAUAUCAUUUCAUUCUGCCUUCGUUAAUUAAACUCUGAAUUCAAGUUGUUCGUUUUAAAAUCCUUAGGUAUGCAAAUUGAUCACUUAGUCGAAUUGGCUAACAUUGAGUGUAUUAUUGUAUAUUACUGUAAACAUUUAAACGUUGCAAGUGCUCCGAGUAAUUUCGCUUCGAUGUGACAGUUGUCAGCUGACAACAUAGUGUGAACAGUCAAGUCUAAUAUUAUAUUCUAAGUUAAUUGACAACGAAUGUAUACUGUGAGACAGUGAAGCAUGUUUGGAUCACUACGUAGCAAGUUUCAAACAGUGCAAGAAGGUAUAUCCGCUAGUAUACGAGGACUGUCAAGUACUGAAACUCCAAAGAACAAAAAACCAACCAAUAUACGGAAUGUAAAUUAUGAUGCUGGUGCAGAUAUAUUGCAUCGUUUCCAAUUACAAUGGAAUGAGCUUCAUGAACUCUCAGAGGAAAAUGCAGGAAAAGCUCAGGAGGCAGAUACACUGGUAUCUUCUAUCCAUGAAAAGCUUCAACACGAAUGGGACAGUGUUACUUGUUUAAACAGUACUUUAGCCUAUAUUCCAAAGAUUAAUAAUGCAAUUCAAGACCUCAUGGACCAAAUAGGAAAUUUGCAAGAGAUGUUUGAGGAAGUUGAAGGAGCUUUAUAUCGAUUGGAAGACCUCAAUGAAAUGCUGGAUUUGCAAAAUAGACAGUUGGAACACAGGUUUCAGUUGGCUAUGUACAAAGAAAAAAAGUUGUUAGAAUUAAAUAAUUUUAAAGCAAAAUUAGCUAACGAGCACAUUGAGAGAAUCUCACAAUAUGAAUUGAAACAGCAAAAGAAACUGAAAGAACGACGUGAAACUUUUGAAGAAGUUUUUAAAGAAGAUCUUGAAGAAUAUAAAGCAACUGGAUCUAUAUCAAAACUACCACUUUCCUCAGAAGGUCCAUCAUUGGAUGAAAUAGUGUUAGAUAUUGAUACCAAAAUAUUUGACGAAUUUUUAGAAAAUUAGAAGUAAGAAGGAUUAUGAGUAUAUCUACAAAAGCUAAUUGAUUAUUAUAAUUAUGUGUCUUAUUUCAAGAUUUUAUGCUAAUGGAAAAAAAAUCUUUUUACUGCAUUUCCUACAAUUAGAUAUUAGGGCUGUGACUUGACAAUUCAAGUUUUCUAAUAUAAUAAUAGCAAAAAAAAGUUUUUUGAUGUAUGAAAUCUUCCACGAUCUUGUAUUUAUCAAUUCAUAAGCUCAUUUUUAUGUUUAAUAGGACUUUAUAUGAUGCAACAUAUGUGUGUAUGAUUUGUUACUUUAUUAUGUAUAAUAUUUACGAUUAAUUAUAAUACUUAAAUUCUAUCCCAUAUAUAUAUAUAUUUG